UAUAUUUGUGAUUGCAGGACAUCCACAGUUCCAGAAAGAGGGUGAUGUUGAUGAUAUGGCCAACUAUCCGCCCACCCAGCCGCAACCUGCACAGGGCUAUGCCCCGCCCCAGUACUACGCAUCACCCCCUUCAGUCACGGCGGUCCAGGCAGUCCCGCCUCAGCCUCAGACCAUCAUAUCCACUUCCCAUGUCAUGCCUCAAGAUUACUUCGGAUUGGCGCUCUUUGUGACCCUCUGUUGCUGCCUGCCCCUCGGCAUUUUGGGAUUGAUCAGGUCCAAUGACGUGCGCAACCGUUUCCUUGUCGGGGACAUCGCCGGCGCGGAGCAAGCCUCCAGGCAAGCCAAGACCUACUCUUAUGUGGGGCUUGGCAUCGGCAUCAGUUUGACUGUCGUAUCCAUCGUUGCUUUAAUUAUCGACUUCUCGGUCCCUAGGGACGAUGAACAGAAAUAUUAGGAGUUGAGAAAUUAAUUUUCUGAUGAUGAUGGAGAAUUUGUGAGAGUUGAGGGUGGAAAAAGAUGUUUCCUGGCUUUGUGUUUGUGAACAUUUUGAUUUUUAAAAAUAUUUCCAAGGUCCAGUCGGUGUGGGGGGCGGCACAAUGAGCAUUUGAUGACAACAGAGACACUUGAUAUGUAUAAGUCUGCUUAUUGUAUGUCAUCUUCCAGUUUCUUUAAAUAAAAAUGCGGAUUAGGGUGAUCUGAAAGUGUGGAGGGGGAAGAUUAUGUAACUAAGUAUGGGAGUUAGGAAGUAUUGAGGGCAUUUUGGGAUACAAGCAGAUAUGAAUAACUAGCUACUGACUGUAGUUUUACUAUUGCUGUAGUUAAACAAUACAUUUGACACUUUUCAAUCUUUAGAUUAAGAAAAAAUUGCUUAUUUAGUUAAUGGAAAUGUGUACUUUUUGUACCCAGAAAGUUACAUCGUUUCACCCUCCGCUCAAAAUGUAGUCUGUUGAUGUUAUCUGUCGCUGGCAGCUUACAGUGCUUUGUUUUUAUCAAAUGUUUUUUUUUCGAUGCUUUCGAAAUAAUG